AUUAUUUUUUUGAAAAAUUACCUCGAUAAAAAUACUAAUAAUGUCCGAUCCCAAUGGCCUGGACAGUGACGGCUAUGUACGUAACUAUUCAAUAGCGGACAUUGCAUUUAAUUUUCAUCGGCUAACUCAUGUCAAUCAGCGUCUAAAACCGUUAGACAGUCCAAUGUUUGAACCGGACAAUAAUGACUAUCUAAACAGUUUGAUAAUGUUUGCAGUGUUACCAAUCAUACCGGUGCUCAUCGUUAUUGUAGUCUAUAUUAUCACAACAUUAGUUGUUUGUAUUUGUUUCAGAAAACCAUCUAAAAAUAGACAAAAUAUCAGUAAAUCUUACAAAAUUUUUAUACUGAUCUCAGCGGUCAUUUGUGCCGUCAGUUUUAUUGCCGGUCUGGUCGGCGUCGCCAACAUGUUUACAGCCAUCAAAGGAGUCAAAUCGUCGUCCGGCGAUGUCGUCCAUUGGUUCGACGAAAUCCGGUUCAACAUAACCGACAUUUUGACCGCAUUCACUGAGAUUGACAGUUCACUGGGAGAUAUUGAUAACCAAUUGAACGAUGCUAUCAAACAGCAUAUCCUACCGAAGCGUGACCUCCAGUAUUAUAUAGAAAUGUGUCAAUCACUUAAGUUAAUGACCGGCGAUGCCAUCGAUGGCAUACUACAGGCCAACAAAACUAUUAGUAAGGCCGACAUCAACUUUGUACCCGAUAUUGUCGACAAAUCGGGUGCCAUUAUAUGCGCAGUCAUUUUGGCCUUAUUGCUGCUACUGGCUAUUGUUGCCGUAUUUUAUACCUAUGCCUACUGUUCCCGUUGUCUACUAGGUUGUCUAUUAGUAUUGGUCAUAUUGGCCAUCUUAGUAACCACUGCUUUGACAGGCAUAUCGUUGGCCUUGUCGGUCGGCGGUUCCGAUUUUUGUAUCGAUUUCAAACCGUGGAUCCGAUCGUUGAUCAACGACAAAGAUGUUACGGAUUAUUUUGUCGACUGUGUGACCAGUGAUCAGGUGACCCGUGACAUAAAGAUGGCUCGCGAUCAGGUGGCAGAGGCUGUCAAACAAGAAGAAAAAUUUGAGAAAAUAAUGGAUUAUUUUAAGAAGAAUUGCGCAAAUAAUAGGUGCGGCCAAACACCAUCUAAGGUCCAGCGCGAUCUACAAGUGCUGGACACCCGAUUGGGACAGAUUGCUGUCCGAUUGAUGAAUCUGAUAGAGUUGGCUCAGUGUCGAUACAUCAAUGGAUUUAUGAACGAUGUAUUGGACAAUAUCUGUACCAAUGGUGUCAAAGGUGUAGUAUUGAUAUUUUGCAAUUCAGUCGUCGCACUCAUUGGUUACACGGCUCUGGUUUUCGGGUCGACGCUUGCGUUGAGAUAAUCA